AUGAUCUUUUGCAGAGGCCAAGUUGGGCAUCUAACGUGGUGGUCGCUGUUGAACGACCAACGGAAAUACUUUGUACCGGUCGCAUUGUCAGUUGGACCAUUAAUACGGCCAUAUUUCAACUUGAUCACCCUCUCGACGGCCUCCGACAACGGCACAUAUGAAAUAUGGCUCGUCAGCCGGCGUCAGCGCAGCUGCAGUCGACAGAGAACGAAGGAGGCCUGCAGUGGUGACGGUGGUCAGCGGAUAGCCGCCAUCAACCUUGUUCGACCAAACCUAGAGGGUGCUGCGCUGCGCCGCGCCGCGCCGCGCCUGACCUCCACGUACGACGUAUGGAAGCUGGAUGUGUGGAUGCAUGUGCCCAAGAGUGCACUGCAGCAGUUGAUCGAAUGCGCACAAUUGACGGAUGACGUGAUUUAG